CUAACCCACAUCCAAUAUCCACCGCCCACCCCCAUAUCUAUAUUCCUAUCGCCCGCACCGCCUUCCACUCACUCACUCCUCCUCCUCCCAAGUCUAGUCCUUAACUCGCUUCAACUUCGUCAUCCCCCUCUAUCUAUACUCAUCAUCAUUCUCACCCGACCGACAACUUAUAUUUUAACAACAACAACAAACUUCCACCACCCUUCUCCAAACAACUAUCAACAACCACUCCUUUACUUUCUCCUUUCUUCAGACCUCUUCUGUUUAAAGGAUCCAAGUUUCAUCUCUCUACCACCCCAAGGCUUCAGCCCGGAUUUCCAAACAGACAACCCCUCCACCGGACAACCAGUUGAUUUCCUUGGAUUACCCACAGGAUCUUUUUUCUUUAGGCCAUGCAGAAUGUCGGUCCUCAAUACAGGCCACGCAGGAUGUCGACCCGAUUCAACAAUAGGUCUCAACCGACAAUAGCUGCCCUCCAGGAGAAUGCGCCCCUUGGAGACUCAUCUUGUUUCUCAGAUUUCUUCCCGUCCCAGAAGGCCACCGACUGCUCUCCGCAGACGGUAAAGUGUCCCAUCGUUCCCUUCCACGCGGCUCCCCUCCCUACUCCGCCCCAGUCGCCCUAUGGAUACAACGCGCCGCUCGCGCCCGUCGCGAACAACAUGCGCUACUUCCAGCAACCAGUCCACCAGCAGGCUCAGCAACACUUCCAGCACUUCCCGCCGACUCCCCCGGCCACCCCUCCCCCGGCUUCCACCUUCGACCAGGCCCAGUUCUUCGACGCAAGCCAGCGGUUGCAGUUCCUCCGCACCCUCGGAUCAGGAGCCUAUGGAGUUGUCCACUUGGCCAAGGAUGUCCGAACAGGAAUCCAGUAUGCCGUAAAGGUCCUGAACAAGUUCAAUGCCAAUGGUCUCCCCCUGGAUGCGCGACAGCAGCACUUCCAGCAGACCGAGAUGCAGCUGCACUACGAGGUCUCGGCGCACCCCAACAUCGUCUCGCUCCUCAGGAUCCUCGAUGUGGCCGACUGCACUUAUGUUGUCAUGGAGUAUUGCCCUGAGGGAGAUCUCUUCUUGAACAUUACUGAGCGCGGCCGCUAUGUGGGUAAUGACCUUGCGGCCAAGACCGUGUUCCUGCAGAUCCUGGAUGCCGUUGCCCACUGCCAUCGCCUGGGAGUCUACCACCGGGACUUGAAGCCGGAGAAUAUCCUCGUCUCCGACGGGGGUAGCCAGGUCAAACUGGCCGACUUUGGAUUGGCCACUACGGACAGCUUCUCCUCGGAUUUUGGAUGUGGAUCUACAUUCUACAUGUCACCAGAAUGUCAAGAUCAGUCUUCUGGGAUGCCCUUCUAUGCCUGCGCCCCAAAUGAUAUCUGGAGCCUCGGAGUCAUCCUGGUGAACCUGACCUGCGGCCGCAACCCCUGGAAGUCCGCCUCUACAAAGGACUCCACGUUCCGCGCCUACCUGGCAGACCGCCAGUUCCUCAAGUCCAUCCUCCCGCUCUCGGACGAGCUCAACGAAAUCCUCAACAUGGUCUUUGAGAUCGAUCCAUCGCGCCGCAUCUCCCUGGCCGAACUUCGCCACCGCAUCGCCACCUGCGGUCCCUUCACCAAGUCAGCCGCCGCUGCCACCGCAACUACCACCACCACUUCCGUCCCGGCAUCCGUCCCCACCAUCCAGGUCACAGCCGACGCCUUCGUCGACUCGGACUCGGACCUAGACGUGUACAGCGCGGCCCUCUCCCCCGCCUCCACCAUCUCCGAGGAAGGCUCCAUGAUCUCCGACGCCUCCGACACCUCCACGGCCCCCAGCGAAGCCGGCUCCUCCCAGGACCUCGACCUCCAGUUCGAGGUCAUGGACGAGGAUCACCACGAGGACCACCAACAAAUCGCCUCAUUCGACGACUACGCGCCCGCGGCUAAGGAUCCGUGGGUCGCUGAGCCCGCUUUCGUCGCACCAUACGUUCCCGUGGACCCUGUUGUUCCUCCCGUGACCGCACCCAAGGACCAUGGAAUCCCACCACAGGCCCAGCAGCAGAGAUUCCUCUCCCCUCCCCCGCGUUCGGCUCCGCCGAGACAGCAGAGGGGCAUGCACCAGUUCAUUACGCGCUGUGUUACCCCUUCGCUCCUGAACUCGUUCUGUCCGCAAGGAAGCCAGCGCGGGGCCCCUGUGCGUCGCGCUUUCUAAGUUGCAGUUGCAGUUUUCCAUGGGAUUUUCCAUACAUAGGAAGGAACUUCAACCCAGGAUUAUUUUUUUCCACCUUUUCCGGAUGGAACACACACUACCACUGGAGGACCACACAUUUUUUUUAUUCGUUCGAGAAGACAUACGAUAACUACUCUUUAAUCAUGUAUAUAAAAAAACACAACCCCACCGACAACGGACUCUUCUCUUUUUUUUUACUUCAACAAAACAAAUUACCGGUCCCGGCGUGGACAUAUCAACCUUCAAAAAUUGGCGGCGGCGAGGGAAUCUGUUUUUUGUUACGUUUUUUUGUAUUUUGUUUGAGCAAAACCCCUGCCAUGGGUUGGAGUUUGGGAUAUACGCUGUCAAGAUUGGCAUUUUAUAUAUAUUUUUUGUCUGGCAUGACAAAGAAAAACCUGGCGUCUUUCUAGCUACUACCUGUUUAUGGUUUUACGUUUCUUGUUAUUUGGUGUAGGGGAAGGGAUAAUUGGGGAAAGCGAUGGUUGGAUGAUAUGAAAUGAUUUGGAUGGAAGGUGUUUAUGUUGUUUUGGUGUCGAUUUGGGGCGAUGGAUGGGGUUUAAUCGACGGCGAUGGCGUGUAUUUUUUGGGGAUUGUUGGGAGGGAUAAAGACUUGUUUGGAGAUACCCCCUGCUGCUGGUUGUUCGCAGAGAGAGAGAGAGAUGGAAGAGAAGAUUAUAUUAUGUGUUGAUGAGAGA